GCCAACACUAUAGCACAGUGCGAUGAUGAAAUGAAAUGAAAAAGCAAAUGGCUGACUAGAAAUUGAUUCGACGUCUUCGACGUUCUCGAAUUCACAACAAAAAUAAUCCUAUUUAAUUGCAUGAAUUAUGCGCUAUUUAUGAUCAUGACUAGCAAAAUAAGAUUACUAAAGCUACAAUAAAUCCAAAUAACUGUAUAUUACUUGCCUAUAUUCAGUCAAAGAUACUAAAUAAGACACCUUAUCUAAGCAUUAUAGAAAUUUGCAAAUACAAAUUACAGUGAUUGGGGUGAUCGCACGUCCGUUUUUUCUUAAGUUGUAAUGUGAAGAGGCGCAACAUCCUGAGGGUCUCCGCCCUACCUGAUCAUGGAAAGGAGCUAUGAUAAGCGACAUAGCAAGCAUCAUAAGGAGAAGCACAAGAAGAGAGAUCACAAAAAGUACAGAAGACACAGUGGUACUCAUGAACAAUCAUAUGCUACAGUAAAUUCUAGUAAGCCCCUUGUAGAAUACUCUGAUGUUAGUUCAGAAGACUUGUCAGCCCCCGAGGCAGGAGAAAUAGAGAGUGAGGCGAGUUCAAUAGGCCGGCACAUUGCUGAUGAUCUUGACCGUACAAGAAAAUCGCACCCAGUGCGUACAUUUCUUGACAACAAGACAAUCUCUGUCUCUACAACUUCAAGCCGCCGCACUAUUGAAGAGUAUCCUCUGACCCGUGAUUCUUCCUCAGCAGCAUCAAGGAGCCGACGGGGCCUGGAAUAUGUCGAGGCAGAGCCAGACUUCAGUGACACCUGUUAUAAAAAAAAGAAAGAGAAGCGUAAAAAGGACAAAAAGAAACGUAAGAAGAAGUCAAAACACCGGUCAAGGUCAGCCAGUCUGGAGAGUGUGUCGCAUGAUGAUGAUGUACAUAUAGAGCCACGGCCAGUGAGCCCUAAGAGGUAUCAGCAAGUGCCUAUAAGUGAAUGGGAGAAGGCCUCGUCUCCUCUUCAGAAUGGGUCGUGUUCACCCAUCUCUACGACUACACCGCCUAUGAGGAGCAGACAUGAUGACUCUCCCCAAAUGAGAAUUGCAAUGCAUAGAGAGAUGCCAAUCCAUACAGUGAUGUACUCACCUCGCAGGGAAAGGUCUCCUGUUAUAAGUAGGCGGAGGCAGAAGUCUAUGACACCACACACACCAUCCAUGCCGCCAUACCAUGAAACUGUCACCAUAGACUCUGACAGUGAGCAGGUCUAUGAUAGAGUGAGGAGGGACUACUGGAUGGACCACAGAGUGCAAUCACCUAUUAUGGUUAUAUCAGAUUCUCCAACUCACGAGCCACGUAUGCGGGAGUAUAGUCCCCGACGUAGCCACCGUCGCAAGAGCCCCCGGCGACGACACAGGAGCAGGGAACGGGAAAGACAUCGUGAAGCCCGCGCUCAUCAUAGAUCACACAGCCGCAGUUCAAUGAAGCGACGUCGCUCAGUGUCACGAAGCCGGCGGCGCUCCUCAUCUCCGCCACGACACCGGCCUCGGCACAGCGAGACAACCAAGGAGAGGCACAGAGUUAAACAUGAAUCACCAAGUCCACCAUCGGCACUACAAAGGAGAAUUGAUUUUAAAGAGAAGAUUAGCGAUACAAGCUUGUUUGCGGAACUUGUUAAAGAUAAACACAAAAGAGCAAAGAAGCUUCAAGAAAUCUUGAGCCAAAAGGAGGAGGAAUCUCAAGGCGCGAUUUCUUCAAAUACUUCUAUAAAUAAUCCAGAAAUUAUGACCAUUGAUGAACUUUCUAAUGCCACAGCGGAUAGUUCAACUCAGGUUUCAAAAGAAGAGGGUGAGAAAGAGCCGGCGACGGAGGUGGUUGACAUUCCGAUGCCCACACCCACGGGCAGCGAGGACAAUCCCACGCCCACGGCUACGGCCACGGCCACGCCCAACCCGCUGCAGCCACCGCCGGAGUUCGACACCUUCGAACACAAGGCCACUGCUAAUGGAGAGACAACUGAUAGUGUUGAAUCUGAUCAAAAAACCCAAACCCCUCCACCACUACCGCCACCGCCGCCAAGCAGUGCGCCGCCACCGGUGUCUGGCACGGCCAGUCUACCCCCGCUACCUAAAGUGGGUGGCAGUGUAGUAGACGGGGUAUACCUGCAGAACAGCCAGCCUGCGCCAACUGCGCAUAAACCUAAGAGCCUCACCAAGUUGCCCAUGCCCCCCAACACACAGGUGGAAGAUCUGAAGACGUUAGCUAAUGAGAGUCCUUUAAGUACACCAUCCCCCAGCCCCAUUAAGAAGCCAGACAAGCCAAAGAGAACCGGCAUCAUGAAUCUUCCCAUGCCACCUUUGGUGCCGGAUUCAGAGGAACUAAGCGCAGAUGAACUGGACGGGUCUACGCCUCCGCCAGCCUCGCGUCGCGACCAGUACUCGCACGUAUUUAGUGCACGUAACAAACGGGACCCCAAUUCUGGUUCGAAGUUAAAAAGGCCGAGAAUAUUGAAGAGACGGGGCUCCAAAGUAGUGCCGGUUGCGACGCCGACCUAUCAUGCCAAAGAUUGGGGAGAGAAGUGUGUUGAUGGCUUCCAGGUCAUAACUCAAAUAGGUGAAGGGACUUAUGGUCAAGUUUACAAAGCUCGGGAUAAAAACACUGGCCAGCUGGUGGCACUCAAGAAGGUACGGCUGGAGAAUGAGAAGGAAGGCUUCCCCAUCACUGCGGUGCGAGAGAUCAAGAUCCUCAGGCAGUUGAAUCAUAAGAACAUUGUCAAUCUACGGGAAAUUGUCACUGAUAAACAGGAUGCUUUGGACUUUAGAAAAGAUAAAGGUUCAUUCUACCUGGUGUUUGAGUACAUGGACCAUGACCUAAUGGGUCUGCUGGAGUCCAAGAUGGUGGACUUUACGGAGUCGCACAACGCGUCUAUAAUGCGACAGCUACUUGAUGGGCUGGCGUACUGUCAUCGCAAGAACUUCCUACAUAGAGAUAUCAAGUGCAGUAAUAUCUUGAUGAAUAAUAAAGGGGAGGUGAAGCUGGGUGACUUUGGUCUAGCCCGGCUGUGGUCUGCUGAGGACAAGCAGCGGCCGUACACCAAUAAGGUGAUAACACUGUGGUACAGGCCGCCGGAGCUGCUGCUGGGUGAGGAGCGCUACGGGCCCGCCGUUGAUGUCUGGUCCAUGGGCUGUAUACUUGGAGAAUUGUUCCUCAAACAUCCAUUAUUCCAGGCCAGUGUAGAAAUGAUGCAGUUAGAGAUGAUAUCUCGCGUGUGUGGUACACCAGUACCAGGUGUAUGGCCUAAUGUGGUCAACCUGCCACUAUGGCACACGUUGAGACCAAAGAGGUUCCAUAAACGCUGUGUGCGGGAGCAGUUUGCCUUCAUGCCCGGACCAGCGCUUAAUCUGCUUGAUCGCAUGCUGGAGUUAGACCCGGAGAAGAGGAUCACUGCUGAGGAAGCUCUUAAAAGUCCGUGGUUGAAGAAUGUGGUGCCGGAACAAAUGCCAGCUCCAGAGUUACCAACAUGGCAAGAUUGUCACGAGUUGUGGUCAAAGCAGCGAAGGCGACAGCAAAGGGAACAAGACCAGACCAAACCAAAGUCUUACGGGUUCUCGUCCAACGAUUGCGACAAAGACCCUAAUUUCAAGCAGAAUGAAAACUCAAACCAAUCGGAUUCCGGCUUCAGAAGUGAAUCAUAUAAAAUGGAGAGUGGUUUUAAAUCGGAGUCAGGGCAAGAGACUGUGGGACAAGUUAAAUAGUAUAUGGAGUAUUUCUAUGGUUAUUAUGGAUAACCAUAGAUUUGUGCCUUGUGCUUUAGUGAGUGAUACUAAGUGCUAGUGACACAGUUUUAGUGAAUCACAUUUCCAUUCCUAGGAUCAGUUUGCUAUCUUCUAUUCCGGGAAGAUUUGCUAAUAGCUUGAAGCCAUCUCAAGACUUCAGGGUUGCCAGCUGUGAAAAUGAAUUCAAGAAGGUAAUGAAGAAGUGAAAAUAAUAAGUAAAUUAUAGUAUUGUAAUGUUAUUUAUCAAAUUAUACUCUGUGAUAGGAAUUUUUAAGGGCGAGAUAUAUAUCAUAAUUUUUACAUCACAGACUAUAUUAAACAUCUUGUAAUUACCCAAAAUAAGUGAGAGUUUAAAUAUCUAUUGUCCAAGGAAUCCUGGAUAUAAAUAAGCUAACAAUGGCAAUACUUACAACUUCUACAACUUAUUCCUAUUAGGGAUUUUAUUACUGUGAACUUUU